AUGAUAUUUGCAGUUAACUAUUCAGAGCAACUAGAUGCAUAUUUGAAAGACAAAGAUGUGAAAGUUUUUGAUCACUCGCAAUUUGAAGAUCUCAUAAAAAUUGGGUGUGGUGCAUUUGGAACUGUGUAUUCGGCAACUUACCAAGGUAUAGGGUACGCGUUAAAAAGUUUAAAAAAGAAUUUGAAACUUGAAGAAAAAGAGUUUGAGGAUUUCAAACAUGAGAGUUAUCAAUUCAUCGCCAAAACUAUAGUUUAG